CCGCGUCGCGCGCAUUGUCCGCCAUUGCUUUCGUUUCCUCUUCAUGCGAUGCGAGCUCUCCUCUCGUUUCCUCUCGUUUAUUUAUAAAAACCAACAAGAUCGAGCUUUCUCCGAUCCGAUCCGAUUCAUCUGUCUCAUCAGAUCAGCGUGAAGCAGCGGCAAGAACACAAAAAUGGCGGACGAGAAGCUCGCCAAGCUGCGUGAAGCCGUCGCCGGCCUCUCGCAGAUCAGUGACAACGAGAAGUCCGGGUUCAUCAGCCUCGUCGCCCGCUACCUCAGUGGCGAGGAGGAGCAUGUGGAAUGGGCAAAGAUCCACACGCCGACGGACGAGGUGGUGGUGCCGUACGACACCCUGGCGGCGCCGCCGGAGGACUUGGAGGAGACCAAGAAGCUGCUCAACAAGCUCGCCGUGCUCAAGCUCAACGGCGGCCUCGGCACCACCAUGGGAUGCACCGGACCAAAAUCGGUCAUCGAAGUGCGCAACGGAUUCACAUUCCUCGACUUGAUUGUGAUCCAGAUCGAGUCCCUCAACAAGAAGUAUGGCAGCAAUGUCCCACUGCUUCUGAUGAACUCAUUCAACACCCAUGAAGACACCUUGAAGAUUGUUGAGAAAUACACCAAUUCGAACAUUGAAGUCCAUACUUUCAAUCAGAGCCAGUAUCCUCGUGUGGUAGCCGAUGAGUUCUUGCCAUGGCCUUCCAAGGGGAAGACCUGCAAGGAUGGCUGGUACCCUCCUGGCCAUGGUGAUAUCUUCCCAUCCCUGAUGAACAGUGGCAAGCUUGAUUUGUUACUUUCACAGGGAAAGGAGUAUGUGUUCAUUGCAAACUCAGAUAACUUGGGUGCUAUAGUGGACAUGAAGAUACUGAACCAUUUGAUCCACAAACAGAAUGAAUAUUGCAUGGAGGUUACCCCGAAAACUCUGGCUGAUGUUAAAGGUGGCACACUGAUCUCAUAUGAAGACAAGGUUCAGCUCCUGGAGAUUGCACAAGUUCCUGAUGCACAUGUGAAUGAAUUCAAAUCCAUCGAGAAAUUCAAGAUCUUCAACACGAACAAUCUAUGGGUGAACUUGAAGGCUAUCAAGCGCCUUGUUGAGGCUGAUGCACUAAAGAUGGAGAUCAUUCCAAACCCUAAGGAAGUGGAUGGAGUUAAAGUUCUUCAGUUGGAAACAGCAGCUGGUGCAGCAAUCAGGUUCUUUGAUCACGCAAUUGGUAUCAAUGUUCCAAGGUCCCGGUUCCUACCAGUGAAGGCAACAUCAGAUUUGCAGCUAGUACAGUCUGAUCUAUAUACCUUGGUUGAUGGCUUUGUUACACGCAACCCGGCCAGAACAAACCCAUCGAAUCCCUCAAUUGAACUGGGUCCAGAGUUCAAGAAGGUCGGGUGUUUCCUUGGUCGCUUCAAGUCAAUCCCCAGCAUUGUUGAGCUUGACACCUUGAAGGUUUCCGGUGAUGUUUGGUUUGGCUCUAGCAUCACAUUGAAGGGCAAGGUGACCAUCACAGCCCAACCUGGUGUCAAACUGGAAAUCCCAGAUGGAGCAGUGAUCGAGAACAAGGAUAUCAAUGGCCCCGAGGACCUUUGAGCGAAAGGAUGCAGAGUUCACAAAGAGAGAUCAUAUCACCAUUCCAUAUAAUCAAUCAAGCUCCACGACAUUGUGGAGAAUAUUUUUGAUCCAAUAUUGCUUCGGCAUAAGGAAUAACAAAAUUAGUACAUGUCUUUUACCUACUUGACUUUGCUUCUUGUUCUAUUUUCUCCUUGUGAGUGGGCAAACAAGUCAUGUCCCGGCAAAAUAUCAUAUGAACAUAUUUGGUUACAUAUCUGUUCAACAAUCAGCAAGAAAACAAAAUGUUAUAAUUCCAUUAA